AUGGAGAGCCGCGACAACAGCUCCGGCCCUAUUGCUGGCCUACGCGUGGCAAUUAAGCAGACCAGCACAUCUCCUCUCACCAUCGCCAGCACCGUCAUCAACGAUAAUGAGCAUACGGUCACUUACCUCGUAUACAAUUCGCCGUUGGACACUGCUGCCCCAUCCAUUGGCCUGCUCACCAUCACGCCUAGCGGUGCCUCGGAGCCUCUCGCCUUGCCAAAGCUCCAGAUUCAAAGACAAUGGCCGCCUGGUCCUGAGUCACUCGUCCAGCUACAGCCAGGUGCAAGCCAAACGGCCGAAAUUGUUCUCAAAGAUUUUAUAGCUUCACAACUCACGGGAAAGGCAUCUAUUGUUCUCAAGGGCCGCUGGGAUAUGGUGUGGAACAAGCAGAAAGAUGAUAUUACAGCUGAAAUGAUGGAGCAGGCCCAGCUGCAAACCGAGCCAGACGUCUUUCGUGGUAGCUUCGCUAGCGAGAGGUUGGAAAUAUCCACCGCAUAA